ACAAACCUAAACAAGAUGUCAUGACGAAACAGGGGAGGAUUUGCCCGGAACGUGUUAUCAGAGACCAAACAUCUCCAAAUUAUGCAGUGUUUCAGGUGACAAGGAGGGGCUGUGCGUCUACCUCCGAGGCAGGCGCACUUCCUACAUCGUCCACUGCAAUAUAUAAAACCCGCAAGCACGGACCUCUCCUGCAGCACUCACAAAGUUUGCAAAGCGCAGAAACUCCUCACUUGCAGCCCUCCCUCUCUCCAAUCCAUUACUGAGGCUUUAGGUGAUACAGCCUUGGCAACGCAGGCACAAGGUACCUCUGCGCAAGAAAAGAUCAGUCCAACACCCGGGAUUUUCUGUCUGUCUGCAGUCUCCUCAAAACAAUCAUGAAACCUCAGCUAUUUGCCAUAGACCUCAUACUUUUAUGCAUAUCUUGCGGAGCAAGUGCAUUGGCAACGAGUAUCCCCGCUGUGUCCACGUCCAAUUUCACCACUCCUGGCUCAGCGCGCAGCUAUGGAACAGACACCACGACUGUUUCCAAGAUCAGGAGGAAGCGUUAUAUUAGUCAGAACGACAUGCUUGCCAUUCUUGAUUAUCAUAACAAAGUGAGAGGGAAGGUGUUCCCCCCAGCAUCCAACAUGGAAUACAUGGUGUGGGACGACACCCUGGCCAAGACCGCCGAGGACUGGGCUCAUGCCUGCCUGUGGGAGCACGGGCCACCUAACCUCCUCAGGUUCCUGGGUCAAAACCUCUCCGUCAGGACAGGACGCUAUCGAUCCAUUCUCCAGCUGGUAAAGCCAUGGUACGACGAGGUCAAAGAUUACUCUUUUCCGUACCCCCGUGACUGCAACCCUCGAUGCCCUCUCAGAUGCUAUGGACCGAUGUGUACCCAUUACACUCAGAUGGUGUGGGCGACAUCCAACAAAAUCGGCUGUGCAGUUCACACGUGUCAUAAUAUGAACGUGUGGGGAUCAGUGUGGAAGCGGGCAACAUAUUUAGUUUGCAACUACUCACCUAAGGGUAACUGGAUUGGAGAAGCUCCCUACAAAGUAGGCGUACCCUGCUCCGCCUGCCCUCCCAGCUACGGUGGCUCCUGCAGCAACAACAUGUGCUUCCCUGCUCUCAAGACAAACUAUCUGCACUGGUUCAAAUAAACACAGGUUUUCUUUUGAUAUAAGCUGACAACCAACAGUACCACAGAGACAUUAUAUCAAUCCCGUAAGGAUUUGCACAGUCGUGGACCACACUAUUUUGUAUAUAAGGGUUAUUUAAAGACUCAAACAUACAUUUGAAGGCAGCAGACAAUUUAACAUUGAUGACUUGUAAAUAAACUGUAAAUUAAUUUCAUUUCUGUUAGAACUGCUAUGACUAUUUUAAUUGAUGAAAUAUAAUUUAUGUGCAGAGUGGGUCCUUAAACACAGUCUAUACUGUAUGUGGUGCUGUAUCCGCUUCUCACUAUUUCUGUUUACCACUGACAAUGUGGUAAUUAAGGACAUAACAAGAUCAUAGCUGCUCAUACCUGCUCACUUUGGUGCUAUGAGCAUCACACCUUCAUGUUGUGUGCUCUGCCUUCACAGGAAUGCUGGGAUACAGAGAUCAAAGCUUUUGACCUCAGACGGUAAAACCUUCAUCGGCAGUGUCAGCUUUGUAGCUGCCGUAGGUACACUGAAGACUUCAUACUGAAGUCUUUGGGGAUUUUCAAUUGUGUCCUGCAACAAACUGGCAAAACUUAAUGACAAAAGUGCACUUACUGUAAAGUGACAAUACACAACAAAAAGAAUAUACAGCAGUCAUAUUGGGAGGUCUUUAUUUGAAGGCUUCAUGCCAGUAUACAAAUCUAUUGUCUAAAGCCCUGUUUGUUUCAAACCUUACAUCACACUUUUGCAGGUAAACUGAUUAAUGUUUCAUUAGAGAUGUUUCAAACUGCAAGGUGUUUCACUGUAAGGGUGGGCAACAGGGUCACCUUUAUCAAUAGUGAUACUUUUUAUAAUUAAUAAGAACCAAUUUACUACAAUUUUAACAAUCACCAAAUGAUUUUUCAAACACAAGGCAUUUCUUUUUACUGUUCUCUGACAAUUACCUACAUGAAUAUUUAAAUGUAAGACAGCUUUUAAUAGUGUUCAUUGUGUGAAUGAUCACUGUGUGUAAUCACACAACAGCAGCAGAAAUGUUGCAGAAUGUUCAUCUAAGAUGUGAUGGAUCAUUGUUUUUUUCAUUAAUCCUAGUGACACCAAUAUUGAUGCUCAAAUCUUUGCAUUGGUAGUAAUGAGUAAUAACCCUUUUUUCCACAGAUUUCUUUCACAUGUCUCUUAAUAUUUAUGCUAAACAGAGCACCUACAUUAAAUCUGACCUACAUAUCUCUUCUAUAGUCAUAUUUGUACAUGUUAUAUUUGACAAAUCCAUUGUUUAUAUUUUGUUAUGAUCACUGAUGUAGUUGAGUUAGGCACUCAAGUGCACCUUAAUUGUCUUAAUUGUAAAUCUCCAAAACACCAUUUCUUUUGUACAUGUGGAUAAUCAUCAUAUCUUGAUUAUCUUAAAACUAGUAUCCUGUAAGUUAUUCAUUUUUAUAUGGGAAAAAUAUUUAAUUGCUAGUAAUUUUUAUUGUUUUGUAAAAGGACUGUAAAUAUAUCUAAAUGAUUAAAAAGUACUGAAUACGGUUAAUUUGCAUGAUAACUCUUAGAAUGUUGAAAGAGAUUUACUAUAAUGUAAAUGAACUUGGUACAUUUCUACAGACAAAGCACUACCAUAAUAUUGGCAAGCCUCAACACUUUAAACUUAGCAAAUGUACCAGAAUUUUCAAAAUCCAAUUUUCAAAUUGGGGCAGUUUCAGAGUACAAUCUACCACUGAGAAGAACGUAUCAUCAGCGUAAUGGAGACGUUUGCAAAAUAACAAAAAUGCAAAAAAUGUUGCCAUUGAUACAAACUUUGGGAAAAAAUUCAUUAAAAUACGAAAACAUUUUUCGCACUGACUGUAUUUAAAUCAACAUUAACAACAAGCUAUAUAUGCAAUGAACUGCGCUUUUCCAAUUGUUUUGUUUUUGUAAUAAAAUUCUAUUUUC